CGACUCGAGAGAUCUAAUGCGGUAUGACAUCUGUAGCGUCUCGUGCUAUGGCUAGAUAAUCACUACUCUGUAAAGAGAUGAAGUUUUAAUUAUGGAGUCCUCGACCCAUUUACUUGGCGGACUUGUACCUCGUGAGAUGUUUAUUAAUUUAGAGUAACCCUUAUGAAGUGGAUGUUUUGUUUGUUUCCUUCUUUAACUAAUCCCACCUUUUGUUGACCUGCCUUUCCCGCCGAGAGAUCUCGACUUUGUCCACGGCAUCCAUAUAGAAUAUUAAAGUCCAUUGUCUGCCUCCCUAGGUAGAAGCUAGUUGUCAGAUGGACACUCAAGAGAAGAUUGUCUACGUCGCGCCUGAGCAUACCCAAGCUAGCCAACCUCAACCUCAGUACCAACCGGCGAUGCAAGGACAGCCACCUGUAGGAACUUACGUGCAACAACCACUACCGCCACCGCUAUCACCGCAACCGAAAGGGCUACCCGAAAUGCAACAACCCCAGAUGCAGCCUCAGAUGCAACCCCAGAUGCAAUCGCAAGCGGACUUGCGCGCAUAUCCUCACCCGACCGCAUAUGGCCAGCAGGGUGGUGAAUGGCAAGCGAGUCUUUGCGAUUGCUCGCCAUGCACAAGCUGCCUGCUAUCCACAUGUCUGCCAUGUAUCCUGCUCGGUCAGACGUCCGAACGGAUCAGGGACCCCUCGAUGCAAUCGGCCGACAUGAUGAACAGCGACUGCAUGAUUCACGGUCUCAUCACCGUCUUUACCGGUUGCGGCUGGAUCUACGCGUUGAUGAAGCGAGGCGAGAUCCGCGAACGAUACCAGAUCGAAGGCAGCGGCUUUAGCGAUUGCUGCGUUUCGUACUGGUGCCCGUGCUGCGCGCUGAUCCAGCAAGACAACGAGGUUAAGGUGCGCCAGCGCGGCGCUGCGCCGGUAGCGCAGGGCUACCAGCCUCAACCCGCCAUGCAAAUGCCGGCACCGUCUUACCAACCAUGAGCGCAACUCCUAUAAAAGUUAAUUAACUUUGAAUCUCUAUAUUGGAAUAAUUGGCCUCGACGAAGUGGAAGCGAGAUUAGGAGCAUUCUUAAUAAUGGUGUGCCGAUAUUGCCGCGAUUCUAAAACUCAGAUGAGGCAAGAGUUUAUUUCGCAGCGGCGGAUGAUACCUAGGUGAAUAUCGGUAUCCCAGUAGGAUAAAUAGGAUUGGUUAUACCCAGGAUGGAUUGUAUAUAAUAAUUUAAACUUCGUCGGCGCGAAACAAGUCUUAUAGGUGCGAUUUCUUUUGAAAAUAUCAGGCCAACAUACGUAAUUGUGCAUGCUGGUUCCGCGGCCC